AAUUUUGAUAUAGCUUGUGUGGUAUUUUCAUCGGCAUGGAUGUUGCGAUAUUUUGUUUGUUAAUGUUGGUUGUCGUCUCACCUACUUGCAGUCUUAAAGGGGAUAAUAUCUGUUUAAGGAGUGAGACAACGGAAAGUCGAGAACUGAAAACAAAGGAGGAAUGCUGUUUUAACUUUGAAGAAAAAAAUGAUAAGUGUGUAGAAUGCAGUCCCGGCUUUCGAGGAUGGAACUGUAUUGACAUGUGUCCAUAUAAUUAUUAUGGAAGAAAAUGCAAGUCACCAUGCAGUUGUAAUGAAACGCAAAUGUGUCAUCAUGUGUGUGGAUGCUUGCAAAGAUUGGACUUGGAUAUUUCAAAUAUAACAAACAACGGUACUAGUAUCUUUUUAGAGAAUGUGACGUAUUCGGCUUUUGCAGAGGAGUGUCCUACUACAACAGAUGUGUUAUCCACAACGGAUUCACAGUCUGCUAUCGGAAUACCUUCCCCGGAAUCAAAUUCUAGAAUAGCAUUUCUUAUUGUAGCAGCAAGUGUCACUGGUGUAUGUAUGGUAUUCGGAAUAGGAUUGUUAUAUCGGUUGCACUUGGGGAGAAAUAGAGCAGAAUGUCGCGUUCAUCACAAUAUGGUGUACGAUUUAGAAGAUACAUCAAUGAUUCGGGAAAACCCAAGUGUACACGUAAGGCCAGCAGAGCCUUUGUAUGGUGAAUGUAGUUACGAGGAUACCUGCUACAGUACGUUAGUACUAAGAGUGAACAAUGAAUCUGGUCGGGAACCUAAUACAUUACGACAGCCAGUCUUUACAGAUGAUGACAAUAUAUAUGAGUAUGCACAUCGUUAUACACACCAUAGUGAUGAGGGACAGCCACCAAACGUGUAUAUUACUGAUAUGACUGAAGCAGCUGAAUUUAUCGUGUAAGCUUUAAGCAAUAGGUUAUAUAACUUUACAGGUUUGU